AUGAUUAACGAAAACCCAUCGUCAACUAGUUUUCCUAUCACGAGGUAUUUACGUCCUGACAAAUUUGAUGUCGAACCUGAUGCUGCAGAAGCGGAUGCACAAUGGCAGCACUGGAGGUCAACGUUCGAAAGUUUUUUGAAUGAAGAAGUUAUUAAUACCAGAUGCAUUAAGACGCAAGCUCUUACUUUAGAAGGUAUUUAUAUUAAACCUAAAAAUAUAAUUCUAGCCAGGCAUAUUCUUUUUAACCGGAAACAACGUGCGGAUGAAAACAUCUCUGACUACGUAAGAGCUUUACGUUUAGCGGCAAAAGAUUGCUCUUUCGAAACCGUUACCGCUCAAGAACAUGAAGAACAAGCAAUCCGUAGCGCCUUGAUCUCCGGUUUGCUUUCUCGUAAAAUCAAAGAACGCCUGCUAGAAAAUAAAAAACUUACUCUUGCCGAAGCACUUGACCAAGCUAUUGCACUUGAAACAGCUGAAAAGGACGCGCUAAUAAUAAUCAACAGUCUUAUCGAUGACGGCUCAUCUCACUGUAGUACAAUAUCUGCCGCUUCACCGUCAAGCUUGAAAGGUGCAACUAUUCUAAUCACGGUGAAUGGUUAUAAAGCUGAUGCUCUUGUUGACACUGGCAGUUCUGUCAGUUUUAUAAACAGCAAGAUCGCGCGCCUAAUGAAAUUACGUCAAAAACCAUGUACACAGUCUGUCAACUUAGCUUCGCUGAAUCAAGUAUCAGUUGUCGAAGGUAUUUGCUUCGCCAAUAUCACCAUGAAUAAACACAACUACAGGCAGAUACCACUUCUUAUCGUCGAUAAUCUCUGCGCGGACGUGAUCGUUGGACACGACCUACUAAAAGAACAUUGUAAAAUUGAAUUUGAAUUAGGAGGUCCCCAUGAACCAUUACGCAUCUGCAACGUAAUGCAGUCUUCAGUGCCACCAGCAUCUAUUUUUACUAAUUUGUCACCUAACAUCAGACCUAUCGCCGUAAGGAGUCGUCGAUACAGUAUAGAAGACGAAGAAUUUAUCAAGCAAGAAAUAUCAAAAUUACUGGAAGACGGUGUAAUAGAACCAAGCAUUUCUCCCUGGAGAGCACAAGUCCUAGUAGCGGGAGGUGGCGCUCAUCGAAAACGUCUAGUAAUAGACUACUCUAUGACUAUUAACAAGUUUACAGAAUUGGAUGCAUUCCCAUUACCAAACAUGGAAACGGUCGUCUUAAAAGUAUCGAAAUACAAAAUCUUCAGUCAGAUCGACUUAAAAAGCGCAUAUCAUCAAAUGACCAUUUUAGAUAAAGAGAAAGUCUACACUGCUUUUGAAGCCUGCGGACAACUUUACCAGUUUACAAGAAUUCCAUUCGGUGUUACCAAUGGUGUAGCAGCGUUUCAAAGGACUCUAGACUUCAUCAUAACCAGAGAGAAACUAGAAGGUACAUUUGUAUACUUAGAUGACGUGACAGUAUGUGGUAAAGAUGAGUUAGAACAUGAACGUAAUCUAAAAAAGUUUAUGGAUGCGGCGAGAAAAUAUAACUUAACACUGAAUGAAAGAAAAUGUGUUUUUAAGAAAACAAAAAUCGAUCUACUUGGCUAUACUGUCGAAAAUAACACAAUCAAACCAGACGCUGAGAGAUUGAAACCCCUUUUAGAACUUCCCGCUCCCAUUAAAAACUCAGAACUCAAACGUGCUUUGGGAAUGUUCGCCCACUAUGCGAAAUGGGUUGAAAGAUUUUCAAAGAAGAUAAAACCUUUAACUUGUGUUUCAAGUUUUCCUUUAACGCCUGAUGCUCUAAAAUGCUUCCAAGAGAUUAAAUCAGACAUAAAAAAAGCUGCUCUUAUAGCAAUAGAUGAUGAUGAAACUUUCACUGUUGAAACUGACGCCUCGGAUUUUGCUAUAGCCGGUACGCUUACGCAAAAGGGUCGUCCAGUCGCUUUCUUCUCUCGAACGCUUUCUAAUCCAGAAUGUCGACAUUCAUCAAUAGAGAAGGAAGCUUGUGCAAUUGUUGAAAGUCUUAAAAAAUGGAGACAUUUUCUGAUUGGAAAACACUUUCUUUUAAUUACGGAUCAAAAAUCAGUAACGUACAUGUUGAAUCAAAAUCACAAUAGCAAGAUUAAAAAUGAGAAGAUAAUGCGCUGGAGGCUAGAGCUAUCCUGCUACAAAUAUGACAUUAUAUAUAGACCAGGUUCGGAAAACACAACAGCAGACGCUCUGUCACGAGUUUGUGCGUACAUGAACACCGACAAAUUAAAACAGCUUCAUAAUGCGCUUUGCCAUCCUGGAGUAAGUAGAAUGUUCCAUUGGAUACGCUCUAAAAACCUACCGUAUAUAGCAAAUGAUGUAAAAGAGAUGAUUGCAUUGUGUCCAACGUGCGCUGAAAUUAAGCCAAGAUUUUUGAAAGCAAAAGGUCAACUAAUUAAGGCUACGUCUCCAUUCGAACGCCUUAAUAUUGAUUUUAAAGGUCCUCUCCCUUCUAAUUCUUCAAACAAAUAUAUUUUAACGAUUAUCGAUGAAUAUAGCAAAUUUCCCUUCGCUUACCCAUGCAAAGAUAUGACCUCAUCCACAGUCAUUAAAUGCCUGAAAGACCUGUUUCUCACUUUUGGCCAGCCUCUUUACAUACACAGCGACAGAUAA